AUGAGUGCUGCUAACUCUGCCAAUUGUCUUGCCAAUGGGUUUCAGUUCUGGAAAUGUCUUGGCUCAGUCUUCGAAACGCGCAAGGUGUCAGAGAGGGAGGAGUCUGGGUUGUUAGCACGGUUCCAAAGCGCCGAGACUGGGGCCCGGGAAUUUUCCCCUGGGGGAUGGGCUCGGGAGCGAGGCGCAGGGCCCGGUUGGCGGGGAAGGCGAGUGGCCUGUUGUUUAACUUGCGCGACCACCGGUGAAGCAUGUCCCCAGACCUCCCGCCUUCCCCCACCGGGUUUCCCGCCUCGCUUUUCCCCUUUUCCCUUCCCCUCCUCCCAGCGCCUAGCGGACGUGACGCGACGCGUAGCGGAAGUCCCUCCAGCCGCGGUGUUGUGCUGUGGGGAAGAGAGACGGGUUUGUAAACCCCAGAGCGAGGUUCAGCCAGCCCGAGGCCGCUGCUGUGCGGAGACCCCGGGGGAAGCCACCAUCGCCAUGUCUGACCAGGAGGCAAAACCUUCAACUGAGGACUUGGGAGAUAAGAAGGAAGGAGAAUACAUUAAACUCAAAGUCAUUGGACAGGAUAGCAGUGAAAUUCACUUCAAAGUGAAAAUGACAACACAUCUCAAAAAACUCAAAGAAUCAUACUGUCAAAGACAGGGAGUUCCAAUGAAUUCACUCAGGUUUCUCUUUGAAGGUCAGAGAAUUGCUGAUAAUCACACUCCAAAAGAACUGGGAAUGGAGGAAGAAGAUGUGAUUGAAGUUUAUCAGGAACAAACAGGGGGUCAUUCAACGGUUUAGAUAUUGUUUUAUUUUUUUUCUUUUCCCGCAAUCUUUUUUUAUUUUUAAAAAUAGUUCUUUUGUAAUGUGGUGUUCAAAACUGAAUUGAAACUGGCACCCCAUCUCUUUAAAACAUCUGGUAAUUUGAAUUCUAGUGCCCAUUACUCAUUAUCAUUUGUUUCCAUUGUGCUGAUCUUUGGUGAUCAAACUUCAGCCCCCUUCAUAUAGCCCUUCCUUUUUAAAAGUUACAUGUGUGCACACAAGAGAGGCCACCUUUUCCAGGACUGCAUUUUCAGGCUUGUGAUAAAAAAGAUCAACCAAUGUGAGUGUUGAUAAUGACUUUCCAAUUGGCCCUGAAGUUCUAGUAUAUGACUGCUUCACUCCUGGACUGUGACUUUCAGUGGGAGAUGGAAGUUUUUUGGAGAGCUGAACUGUGGAAAAAUGACCUUUCCUUAACUUGAAGCUACUUUACAAAUCUGAGGGUCUGGACCAAAAGAAGAAGAUAGGUUGGGUUGGAGUCAAGAUGACUGAGAUGGUGAGAGUAAUGACUAACUCCAAAGAUGGCUCCCCUUGAAGAGAAAGCAUUUUAAGAUGAAAGAAAAAUCUUGCAGAAGAUCCCAGAAAAGUUCUAAUUUUCAUUGCAGUUAAUAGUUAUUCAUGCAGAGGUGUAUACAACAGAACACUGCUCUUUUUGAUUUGGUUUGUACUUUUUGGCCUGGGAUAUGGGUUUUAAAUGGACAUUGUCUGUACCAGCUUCAUUAAAAUAAACAAAAUAUUUGUAAAAACCGUA